UAUUAUCAUCUAAGUGGUUGUAUAAUGUGUUAUUUGUUAGUCUGUUGGUAUAUCCUUGGUAUUUUAGCAGUCGUAAUUUUUGCUUAAAUGCUAACAUACACGAUGUGGUUAUCAUUUCUUUUAGUUUGCAUAUUUUCAUUAACCUUUACAAAAGGGCAAUUAGACACUUACGAAGUACAGCAAAUUAACGUAACUCCACUCCACGAUGCAAUUAUAUUUAAUGAUAUUGCUGAUAUUAUAAGUGAUUUUGAAAACGAUAUUAGUACUCAAGUAAAUAAAAACAUGUUCAGUGAUAGUGAGAGUGAUGAAGAUAUUGAUGAGCUGUUAUCGGAAUAUCAACAUUAUUUAGAUAAAGCGCACAAACAGAGAAUGAAUUACAUCGAAAAAUCUAAAGUUAAAAACAAAGUUCCGCUAGUUCAUCAUGAAAAGUAUACAAAGAUGAAGGGAAGUACUCGAAAUAAGUAUGAUUUUUCUAAUGACUACUAUAAUAAAAUAAAGACACUUUCAGAUCCAUUAAAGUUAUUCAUGCCAGAUAAUUCAAAAAGAAACCAGGAUAACAAGUCCGAGUUAACGGAUCGUUCACUAGCUUUUAAAGGCACGUUGCUUAAUUUAAUACCUACUAUACCAAACCUCAGUAACAAAAAUAUUAAUAAACCAAUAUCAUCCUGUUACUGCAAAGAGAAUGAAAUUCCCUGCAAAUGCAGUUGUAAACAAUGUUUUAUUUUGACAAACUCCUUGCCCUAUAAUCAAAAUAUAAUGAAAGAAAACUUCCCGAAAUCAUCAAAAAUUAUACAUGAAAAUAAAAUGCAUAAUUUCAACGACGACAAGAUUAAUUUACGCAUUAAGAUUGAUGUGAAAUUACCUAAAAUACUAUCUGAAUUUUUACAUAAAUAUCAGAAUCACGACGAAGAAGGCAUACUGUAUAAAGAAUUUACAUCACCAAUAAAUUUACCAUUAGAACACUUCAAUUUUCCAUUUCCAAUAGGUUUAAUACGUCAUAAGAAAAUGUACGACAAAUAUGACAAUAAUGCCAUGCAAAAAUUUACAAUACAUAAAAAGAAGAAAUCCCAUUUAAGCAAUAAUAGUAAAAAUCACACGGGUAAGAAAAUUAUAACAUUUUCUGAUAAUAAUAAUAAAGAUCAACCAACGGAAUAUAAUAUUAGCAACUUAAUCACGAAAAAUAGUUCUGUGGACUCUAAUAAUAGCGAAUUUUAUAAAUCUAUAUCGCAUACCAAUAAACCUCUAAGUAUAUAUAAAGUCAAAACGCAAAAUGUGUCUUAUAAUUCUCCAACUGAGAUUCCUUUUAAUCAAACAAUUUAUUUAACGGUCAACAUAACGAAAAAUAAUAACGAAAAAGACACGAAUGAUUCAUUAAAAAUAGAGAAUAGCAUAGAAACCGAUUUUGAUGACAAAAGAAACAAAACUUCUGUUAAACCGUUACGCUUAAAGCGCGAAGUAUUAGAGAAAAAUAUUACAACUGUUACACAAAUUAGUACGAAAAUUCCUGCAAUAAAUGUUACUCCACUAGUUGAGAAUUAUAAAAAAGAAGCCAAAAAAUUUAAUAAAACAACAGUGGAAGAGGAUGAAUUAUUAUAUUGGCCAAUUCAAAGUAAGAAUGUUACAUUCGUAAAAUCUAAAAAUAUAACAGCUGUAAUUGUAGAAAGAGAAACGAAAAAAGCAAAGCUUAACAUAACGGAUAAUAAAAUGCGUAAUAACCGAACCUCUGUAUUAGAACACGCAAUAUUCGGAGAUGUAAACUGGGAUGACAUUGAUACUAUUGCCCCUGUAUUUAUGUCUUUUGUAGGCAAAUAUAUUAACGGAAUAUUAACCUUUUGCUCGCAGAGUGUAUGCCACUCAAUGAAAUGCUCUGAAAAAACUUGUAUCCAUAGAAUUUGUACCCCAAGUAACAGAUUUAAUUCUAAAGGACACUGUACAGGAAACAAAGAAACUGAUAGUGUCGCUGCCAUGGAAUCGAUUAUGGAUUUACCAUCGAAUAUUGGUUUUGAAAUUGUGAAUAUUUUAGAAGACAAAAUGAUAGGGAAAAUAUAUGGAAAGGCGACUCUCUGCAUUAUGUCUAAAUGUACAACUUUUGUAACAUCUAAGAAAAAAUUCUUGAGAUCAAAAUGUACAAAUAAAGAUCUAAGUUUAGGGCACUGUCGUAUUGAAAAAAACGUUAAUGUUACAUAAUCGUGACGCAACUCAAUACCGUGCUGCAGUAUAAAGCAAACAACAGGUUUUCUGUUUACAAACAUUAAGUAUUGUACCCACUCAUAAAGCUCGUGAUAAAAAAUUAGUAUGCCUUGUUUAUCUUUAGCUGUUACAAUGAAAGCCAGUUCAGGCAAUUUUCAAAGAAGUUUUAUUCAACAACAAUGCUAGUUGUGUUUUUAAUAAUUUUGUUACCAAAAACAAAUCAAGUAAGUUUGAUUGAAUAAAUGUAAUGAUAUGUAUAUGUAAAAUUUUAUAAUGGUAAUUUGUAUCGUUUGAUUAUUUCAACUGCAUGUUUAUUCAAAAUUCUAUCAUUCAUAAGUCAGCCAAGCCACCCGACCUACCAGUAUAUUAAUAUCACUUGUACUUUAACUUUAAUGUUGCGAAAAAGUAAAACUAAGGUAUCCUUGAAUUAAAACAUAUGUGAUUAAAAAAAAGUUUCAAUUACUUAAUAGAUUUAUUGGUGACAAAAAAACCGGAAAUGUGCGAGUCGAACUCGCCCACCGAGGGUUCCGAAGGUAGAAUAAUUUUAAAAAGUUCAGAAAUCGAACUGCGCAGUUUUGCCGAGCUUUUCCCAAAUUUCAGACCAUCUGUUUUUUUCAGAUUUAAUUACAAAUAUAUAGUUUUGAGAUUUUAAUUGUUCCUUUACUUGUGGUCUAUAACGAUGUUACUCGCCAAAUUUUAUAGACCUAGGUCAACGGGAAGUACGAGGUUUAAUUACCUUAAGAGUGACAAAAUAUGCGUUUUUUUACAAAAUGAUUUUUUUACGUAAACUUAGAAUUUAAUUUGAUUUUUUUCACAACUUCGUAGGUCCGUAGACCUGACUGUACCUACGGUUUAUAUUUCAACUUAAUACCCGUAUUCUUGAAAUAAACUUUACAGAUAGACAAUAAUCUAUAAUUCUUGGAAUAGUUCUCGAUCACGUGAGAAUACUGGAAUGGGAAAUAUAUCCUAUGAGAAAUAACGUGGCUUUCUAGUGGUAAAAGAAUUUUUUUAAAAUCGGUUUAGUAGAUCCAGAGAUUACCUACUUUAUACUAAUAAAAGUAAUAAUUUAAAAGUGGUAAUUUUUAUGGUAUUGUAGGAAUAUUUUAUUCCCGUAUUCUCACGGGAACUACGCGGGGCGUUGACUAGUUAUAAAUAUUAGUAUAGAAUUAGUAUAUUAGCCAUAUCUGAUUUAUAAAUCCUACUUCCUACUAAUAUUAUAAACGCAAAAGUUUGUUUGGAUGUUUGGAUGUUUGUUACUCUAUAACGCCGCUACUACUAAAGCGAUUUAGCUGAAAUUGGAAUGGAAAUAGAUUAUACUCUGGAUUAACA